AUGAUAGUCGUGCUUAAUAAAAUUAAUGAUGAAAUAUAUGAUCAAACACAUGAAAUACAAAAAAUUAUUUUACUUAAUAAACGCUGCUUAAAAAAUUCAGUUAAUUAUUAUUUAAAUCAUAUCGAUAGUUACGAUAAUGUACAAAAUUGUGAUCCACAAUUUAUAGUUACUCAAGUUACAGCUCAAAAAAAUAAAAUUAUAAAUAGUAAUGAUAAGUAUAAUAAUGUUAAACCAACUUUAGAUCUAUUAACAGCUCGCAUCAUUCAAUCUGGGACCAAUGAAUUUAAUGAGCAUUUAAACUUUCUCAAUGUUAUUGUUGAUUUAAUUAAUUUAAACAAACAUAAAGAAUUGUACAAUUAUGGAGAUUCUUUAAAACACAUAUAUUCCAAAAAGCAAGAUCAAGAUGUCGAACAAGAACCAUUUAAAAAUCCACCUGAUGAUACACAGGAAGGGCCAACAGCAAAACAAGCAAAAUUUAACCAUAUAGAAGAAGAAAUUGAACAACAAAAUGCUGUGAAAUCGAAUCAAGGUCAAGAAUUAAAACAAGAACAUGUUGCAAAAUUUUCUCAAGAAGAUAGCGAACAGUUACCAAAAUUACAAUUAGAACCAGAACUAAAGGAAGAACAAUCACAUACAUUAUUAAAAGAAAAAUUGGUUCUCAGUUACUCGCCAGUAAUUAAACCUCACGGCAGACAACGUGGUAAGGAAUCCUUAGUUGCUUAUAAGAAAAAAGAUAACAUCAACGAUAAAGUUCAAAUUAAUAAAAAAAGAACUUAUAAACAAACUUCACCAGAUUUAAAGGGAUAUAAUGUUAAACGGAAUAAAAAGUUAGAAUUAAUUCGCGAUGUUUAUGAUAAAAUAACAUGGUUAACUGAUUUUCAUAUAUAUUUAUUUUUCGAAUUAUUACAUAAACAAUUUCCAAAUACUAAUGGGCUGUGUGGUCCUGUACAAAUUCAUUUAUACACACGGUCAUUAGCGAACUUGAUUUUUGUUUUCAAUGCAAAUAAUAAUCACUGGGUAACAAUUUCAAAUUUAGAUAGUAAUAAUAUUUGGAAAGUUUAUGAUUCAUUAAGUUAUCCAAAAGAAUCAGUUAUUAAAUUUUUUAAAGGCAUCUUACCUGAUGAAGAAAAAGUUCUGGUUUCAUUUGAAAGUGUGCAACAAUAA